AUGGCGCCAAAUAAAAGAAGUGUCGUUUGGCAAUUCUUUGAUAAAAAUAAAGAUAAUAACAAAGUUAAAUGCAAAUUGUGUUCAUCUGUAUAUAAAGACGUAGGAAAUACUACAACAUUGGUGAAACAUAUAAGGAAAAGACAUUUAGUUCAGUACAGUGAAGCGAUUGGACAAAAUUUACCCAGGGAACUAAAUGAAAAUGUACCUGAACAGAUUUGUACUAAUUCUUUAAUUAGCGGAGCAGAAGCCGAUCAAAUUCAAAACGAUAUCAUUUUGCCGCCAUCACAGAUACGAAAUGUCACAGAGUCCAAUGAACCCCCUCCGAAGCGCCCAAAACAAAUGCGUUUAAUUGCUCCUACUAAAAUCAACCAAAAAGUAGGAGAUGAUGCGCUAUUAGAUUUGAUUGUUUUAGAUAUGCAGCCACUACAAAUAGUUGAAAACGAAGGUUUUAAAAAGUAUUCGCUAAGAUUAAAUCCGGAUUAUGUGUUGCCAUCACGAAAAAAGUUGACCCAAAUGCUGGAAGAUAAAUACAAAAUAUGCCGUUCAGAAGUUAUUGGCAAAUUACAAAGUGUGGAACAUAUAGCUCUGACAACUGAUAUAUGGAGUUCAGACAGUCAAAAGAGCUUCAUAUGUGUAACUGCACAUUUUAUAAAUAAUUCAAAACUGCACUCUAUGGUAGUGUCGACGACUGAGCUCUCCCAACAUCACACUGCAUUAAAUAUUGCAAAUGCAUUGCGGACUACAUUAACAGAGUGGGAGAUAUACGAUAAAGUAGUUACGAUUGUAACUGAUAAUGCUUCGAGCAUGAAAAAAGCAGUCAAGGAUUAUUUACAAAAAAGGAACCAUUUCUGUGUCGCACACACACUAAAUCUUGCCGUUAAAGACUGCAUUAGCAAAGAUAGUGAGAGUGAGACGGACCAUAAUAGACAUUUAAAAAAUGCUGCAGUGCUGGAUAUUGUUUCAAAAAGUCGUGCAAUAGUAACCCACUUUAAACAGAGUAUUAAAUCAUCUAAUACACUUAGAGACAUGCAGAGCCAAAUGAACUUAGAGAUAAUUAAACUAAAACAAGACGUACAAACAAGGUGGAACUCUACUUUCUAUAUGUUUGAAAGAUUGUUAAAAGUCAAAGCUCCUCUAUCCGCUACUUUAUCACUUAUUGACUCACCUCCGCCAAACUUAAAUUCAACUGAAUGGCAGAUUCUGGAAGAUUGUGUGGCUCUUUUACAACCAGUGGAAAAAAUCAGCACCGUAUUAUCUGGGGAGUCUUACCCGACGCAGUCUAUCAUUAUUCCCCUAGUAAGAGGAUUACAGAGUGCUAUAAUAAAGAAGAGACCAAGCACUGAACCUGGAAAUCACGUACAGAGGUCAUUAUUGGAAAUUAUAGACAAAAGACUAGGUGUUUAUGAAUCGAAUCGGACUGCAGCAAAGGCGACCAUUCUAGACCCUCGAUUUAAAAAAAAUGCAUUUGGGACCAUUAGUACUGCAGAAAAUGCAGUUAAAUAUGUAUUAGAGGAACUGGUUCAAUAUCAGCCAGUUCAGGGGCAAACAUCAGAACGAGCCAUUGCUUCGACAUCUGAAGUUUCCAUUUCAAAUAAGGCCGAUGACUCGGAUAUAUGGGAAGACUUUGACAGGAAAAUAAGUGAAACUGUCAUGCAUCAGACUCCAAUCUCUUCUGCCUCCAUUGUUUUAAGACAAUAUCUAGAUCUGCCAUAUAUAGCAAAUAGCAAAACAUAUAGCAAAACCCAAUACAUUUUUGGAAGCAAAGGGAAAAUGUAUAUCCAACCCUAUGCCGGAUGGCAUAUAAAUAUUUAUGCAUUCCCGCUACCUCAGUGCCGUCGGAACGACUUUUUUCAAAGGCUGGUUUACUUACGAAUCAAAGAAGGAACAGACUCAUGCCAAAAAAAGUUGACCAAAUAUUAUUUUUAA